ACCAUUUAUUGAUAUUCUUUCUACAAUAAUAAAUAUAAAGAAUGCUGAUGUGGAAACAAAAAAAGAUAGAAAGCAGUUAAAAAAAAUUAAUUUAACUUCUGAAGAAUGGUUAUUUAUCGAAGAGGUUAUGCCAGUUCUAGGACUAUUCACUGAAACUAUUAAAAAGCUGAAAGGAAGUCAAUAUUUAACCAUAAGUUAUGUAUAUCCUGCGAUUCAAAAAAUUAAGUCAAGAUUAAGUUGUUCUUUUGACCCUAUCGAUGAAAAUAAUGAUAGUCAAGAUGAAUUAAAGGAUGCAUUUGAUGACCUACAAUUUGAAGACGAGGAAGAAGAUGAUAAACCAAAAGCAAAGCAAAGAAUCAAAAUUAAUAAUCUAGUAAAUACAAUUGGAUUAAUUAAUGCAAUUAAAGGUAAACUUUAUCAUGCAAUAAAUGUCUAUUAUGAAGAUUUAGAGCUUGAUGGUCUUGUUGUUUCACUUUUGGAUUCAUGUUAG